AUGGCGCAAGUUAUAACGAAUUCUGGACACGAUGACAUGAUCCAUGAUGCAGCGUUAGACUAUUACGGUCGCAGACUGGCAACGUGUUCGUCAGACAAAACAAUCAAGAUCUUCGAGGUAGACGGCGCCGCUCACAGAUAUCUCGAGACGCUGAAAGGACACGAGGGAGCAGUAUGGUGUGUUUCUUGGGCGCAUCCCAAAUUCGGAACAAUUCUAGCCUCUUCCUCCUACGACGGCAAAGUCCUCAUAUGGCGGGAGCAAGCCUCAAGCACCGCCUCCACAUCCCCUGGCACCUCCUGGUCCAAAGUCUUCGACUUCUCCCUGCACACCGCUUCCGUCAACGCCAUAUCAUGGGCGCCCCACGAGAGUGGAUGUCUGCUCACCUGUGCUUCAUCUGACGGCAACGUCAGCGUGCUCGAGUUCAGCGACAACAGCUGGACCCACCAAAUCUUUCAUGCACAUGGUAUGGGAGUCAAUUCUGUCAGUUGGGCACCCGCCGCGGCUCCUGGAUCUAUCAUUAGCGCGAAUCCCAGCGUAGGACAGUUGCGUAGAUUUGUGACUGGUGGGAGCGAUAAUCUCGUAAAGAUAUGGGAAUACAACCCGGAAAGCAAGACCUACGCAAUGGUCAAGGUGUUGGAAGGCCACACAGACUGGGUUCGCGACGUGGCCUGGUCGCCUAGCAUCCUCUCCAGAUCCUACAUCGCCUCCGCUUCCCAAGAUAAAACCGUCCGCAUCUGGACAUCCGACCCAACGAACCCAGCCGAGUGGACUAGCCAGCACCUCGAGUUCGAUAGUGUCUUGUGGCGUGUCAGCUGGAGUCUGAGUGGGAAUAUUUUGGCUGUCAGCGGUGGUGAUAAUAAAGUAAGCUUGUGGAAGGAGAGUUUGAAAGGGCAGUGGGAGAAGGUGAAGGAUAUCGAGGAGUGA